AUGCCAAGUACUCGCGGCAGUGGACAAAUUUUGGUCUUCAAGGGUCAUACUUAUGGUUGCAUGGGCAAUAAGGAUCGCUGGUACUGCACCAAAAAGUCGCGAGGAUGUAAAGGGAAGUUGUGGAUAAGGGAUGGCGUGGUGAAGCAUGUUUUAGAGUUUAUGCCGAGUAAUCGCGGUAAAGGACAAGUCUUGAUCUACAAGGGUUACACUUAUGCCAAUAUGGGUAACAAGAACCGCUGGUACUGCUCCAAAAAGUCGGGAUUAGGAUAUGUUUUAGAGUUUAUGCCGAGUAAUCGCGGUAAAGGACAAGUCUUGAUCUACAAGGGUUACACUUAUGCCAAUAUGGGUAACAAGAACCGCUGGUACUGCUCCAAAAAGUCGCGAUUAGGAUGUAAAGGGAAAUUGUGGUUAAAGGAUGGCGUGGUAAACCAUGAAUAUGGCCACGACCACGACCCACCUAAGCUCUUUAGAACGCAAGAUGGAAACAUAAUAAGGAUUUAAGUGGAACCAAGUUGAACAUGCAGUGAUGACAACUGGAUAAUAUUGUUUCUAUUUUGAUGAUA